GGCGGGGCGUGGGGCGGUGUGAGCUGCAGUUGUUGCUCUCGAGCUGUCCUGCACGCCUUGUCCUCCGCCUUUCUCGUCCCCUCCGCACAGUGAUGGGGACAGGUAGUCGUGGCAGGUUACCGUGCAGAGGCGUGCAGGAGCGGCAGGGGACGCAUAGGGAGUCCCGCGGGCUCUGUGGGACCCCGAGGCAGAUGAUGAGUUUCCAGCGGUGUGUCUUACAGCAGACAGACUGGACCGAGCCGUGGCUCCUAGGGCUGGCUGCCUUCCACGUGCUGUGCCUGCUGCUCACAUGUCUCUCAUCCCAGAUGUAUAGACUACAGGUCGGGCAUUUCCUGUGCUUAGUGACUCUGGUGUAUUGUGCUGAAUACAUCAACAAAGUAGCGGCGAUGAACUGGAGGUUAUUUUCAAAAUACCAGUAUUUCGAUUCCCGGGGGAUGUUCAUUUCCAUAGUGUUUUCGGCACCGCUGCUACUCAACGCCAUGAUCAUUGUGGUUAUGUGGGUCCGAAAGACUUUGGGUGUGAUGGCUGACCUGAAAACCUUACAGAAGAAGAGAAGAGAGAGGAAAAGAAAAGACGAGUGAUGCUGGGACAGUUGCGCUGGUUUUCUCGGGCAUUCGGUUUCCUCCGCGUCGUCGUCGGUGGGCGUCCCUGUCAGCACCCACGCGUGUCUACGGAGGACGCGCCCUGUGGAGCACACUUCAAACUACUCUUUAAAAUAAACAUCGCUGUCCGUGUG